AUGGGCGGUUGUGCGAGCAGACCAAAGGAUAUAAGCAGCAACGCCCCCGAGGACGACAAUGUCCCUGUCAUUGCCGACCAACCACCGGUAACUCCUGUAGAGAUCCUUGAUCGGGUUCCCGUAUUAGAGAGCGUGAAUGAAGAGCCAAUUGGUGUCAAAGAAGAAGGGGAUAUGAUAGACCUAAGCCAGGACAACAAGAAAGAGCCCAAGGUUGAUGAGGUGAGUGAUAGUGAUAAAGAAGAGUCAAAGACAGAGAAGAUAAGUGAGAGCCCACCGAUCACAGAGGAGAAGAUUGAGGAGGUGAAGGUCAAUACCCAAGAGAAAACAAGCCAGAGUUGA